AUGUCAUGCAGUAUAUAUGGCGGUUGUCCUGGUGGAUGGAUAACUUACAACAAUACAUGUUACUAUCUGAGUGCAACUAGACAGAAGUUUAAUGACGCCAUCUCUUUCUGUGAUACCAAGAAUGCCACUCUUCCAAUAUAUAAUUCCGAUGACGACUGGAAAGAAGGUAAACCGGCGAAAGGUAAUGUCUAUAACCUGUGUGCUGGUAUGAACGUUGGUAACCAUGGUUACGUAUAUCUACAGAAUUGUAUGACUACUAACCAGGUAUUAUGUCAAAGACCUGCAGAUGUGAUCGAUCAGUGUGAUGGGAGUAACGGAUGGAAAGAUAUAUCAGGCCAGUGUUUUAAGUUCUUCGAAGAGAAGAGAACAUGGAGAGAUGCCAGGGUUACAUGCCAACAAUACAAUGGCGAUUUGGUUUUACCUAAAGUGGCUCUAGACAUUUUACUUCUAGCUGAUGUGGUGCCUUGUAAGGGCCCUGAUAAUAAUCCAUGGGUUGGAAUCUCAGAUACGAUUGUGUAUUAUUGUUAUUACAACCCAUUUGAAUUGUUUGUUAAAGGAACUUGUCCAGUCGGGUGGACUACAAAUGGAGAGACAUGCUAUCAGUAUCAUGGUAAUCGUGCGGAAUAUGAAUCAUGGUUCGGUGCCAAGUCAACGUGUGAAAACAAAGGAAGCGAACUUCUAAUGAUACAAGAUAAAGACGAGAAUGCUGUCAUUGCCAAAUUUUUCAAGCAACACAAGAUUAGAAAUACUUGGUUGGGAUUUACAGAUUAUAAUGAAGACCAUACAUCUAAAUGGAUCGACGGCAUUUCAUUAAGUGAUGAUUCAGUUUAUAAACAUUUUCAGAGAGGUUACCCUCGUGUAUAUGGUUCACUGUUUACAUGUGGUAUACUAAAUAUAGCUUUAUCAUGUCCUAAAGACUGGACUCUGUUCAGACAGGAUUGCUACUAUAUAGGAACUGGUAAAAAUAGAACUGAUGCUUCAAACUAUUGCACGGCGAUGUCAGCUACUCUUACAACUAUUCGAGAUCCCUACGAACAAGCCUUUAUAGUCAAAUAUAAAAAAUGGACAGAUACUGUGUGGAUUGGUAUGACGUAUGUGCAAGGCCAGGGUAAAUUUCUCUGGGAUGGAUUUCAAUCGCCACAGUUUUACAACUUUUAUCCCGGUAAGACAAACACGAGUAUGACAUGUGUGGAAUUAGUUGGUGCUAGCAGAGGCGUCACGUAUCCCGGAACAUGGGAAAGUCAACUCUGUUCUAAAAAGAAUAGUUUUAUUUGUAGACAAGCAGCAGGUGGUAGUACUCAGACAAUUCCUACUGCCCAGCCAACAGCGGCUUGGUCAAGAAGGUGUGGAGGUCCUGGAUGGAUCGACAAUAAUCUUGACAACGCUUGUUACCAGAUCAAUGUACAAAAGUUGAAAUGGGCGGAUGCUAGACAUGAUUGUCAAAAAAAGGGCGGAGAACUGUUGAGUAUUUCUGGAACAACAGAACAAAUUCAUAUUCAAGCAACCCUAGGUAGCAGUCAGUUUGCUUAUCUAGAAGAUAAUCUAUGGAUUGGUGGUUCAGAUAGAAAUGAUGAAGGUGGUUGGGAAUGGAGUGACGGUUCACCAUUUAGGUAUUUAAACUGGCACCCAGGCGAGCCAAACAUGGUAGGUAAGGGACAUAACUGUAUGGUACUUACUCUUGGAAAUUGGAACUUCCAGUGGGAUAAUAGGCCAUGUACCAUGUUACAGCCUUACAUAUGUAAAAGAAAACGUUUGUGCAAACCAAUGCCAAUGCUCUCAGGUAAUUACAGUCUACCUGACACAGGAUUUGCUUCUACAGCAUCAUCUGAUAUAAAUCAUGGUCCACAGUUCUCAAGAAUAACUCCAACAAAUAAAGCAUAUUGGCGUCCAUUAAGGAGUGAUACUAGACAGUAUUUAACUGCUAGUUUCUAUAACGUUAUGGUGAUUAAAGGUAUAACUAUAAUGGGAAGUCCUGAUAACACUCAGUGGGUAACUAAAUAUAAACUACAAUACCAGUUAAACUAUUUCGCACCCUGGUAUGACUAUGAAGACCCACCUGGACAGACUAAGAUAUUUGAUGGUAACAGCGAUGGUAUUACGACCUUUUCCAACUUCCUGUCAUAUCCUAUAGAAGCUAAAUCUAUUAAAAUUAUUCCUGUCACUUGGAAUAUUGGUAUUGCACUGAGGUGGGAGAUAUACGGCUGUAUUGAAGAGGAAUGCCGAGCAGAAUAUGGCGUUAGCGGACCACUAAUUGUACAAGAUGCCGGCUUUGCUGCUUCCAGUAUUUUGGAUCCCCAACAUUCACCUCACGAUAGUCGGCUUGUUCCUAUUAAUGCUAACGAACCCGCGGCUUGCUGGAAACCACAGGUUACUGACAAAGACAUUUGGAUUGAGAGAUCAAAAUUGAUCCGUGGUGUAACUAUAAUGGGUAAUCCAGAUGCUGCAGAAUGGGUGACGUCAUACAAAGUAUCUUACCAGAUUAACGAUGGUACCAAAAAAUUCCAUAUUUACCAAGAACCGUACGGUACGGAUAAGAUUUUUCAAGGAAAUACCAACACCAGUAUACGUGUAACCAACAUGUUCCUGUCUCACUUUCAAGCUAAUAAAGUCAGGAUUUUACCAUUAACCUAUAAUGGUGCUAUUGCUUUAAGACUUGAUAUCCUCAUUUGUCCAAAAGAUUUUAUUUCAGGUUGCCAAGAUGUACCGUUGAUCAACGGUAACUCAAAGAUACCAGACGAACAGAUAACAGCGUCCUCUCAGUAUGAUAACGACCAUGGUCCUAUGAGAUCGAGACUAAACACGAAUACCCAGGGUGCCCUUGCGUCGGGUUGGUUGGCUCAGUACAAUGAUAAAAAACAGUAUAUUCAGGUAGAUUUAGGGGAACCUAUACAAGUUACUGCUAUAGCUACACAAGGUCGUCCGGACAGAAACGAAUGGGUCAGAGAGUUUAAAUUAAGUAUAUCUAAUGAUGGAAUCAACUUUAACUUCUAUUAUAUAGGCAACAAUGUAACGUUAUUCGAUGCAAACUGGGAUGCAUUAUCUGUACGAAAACAGUAUCUUCCUGCUCCCAUUGUAGCCCGGUAUAUCCAGCUAUGGCCUACAGACUGGCAGAAGAGAAUAGCUUUACGGUGGGAAAUUUACGGUUGUCCAGGACCCGCAUCAAAUACUAAAAUUGGUUGUUAUGCUGAUGUAGCUGAAGAUAGAGAUUUACCUUUUGAAGCUUUAAGUGAUCCAGAAACCGGAUUGUGGCCUCCAAUGUGUAUACAGCAUUGUUACUUAAAGGGAUAUCAUUAUGCUGGGGUACAAAACGGAGAUAAAUGUUUUUGUGGUAAUUCUUAUGGUAAAUAUGGUGUAGGAUUUAAUUGUUCUGUGCCAUGUUUUCCUAGAAAACGUUUUAUGUGUGGUGGUGAGAUAGAUAAUUUCAUAUAUAGUACAGGAUUAUCAUCAUUGACUCGAGUUUGUAAAGCUGGCUGGAAGUCCUAUAAUGAUAAAUGUUAUCUAGUUAUAGAAGAUAUAGAGACAUGGGCUGAUGCUAGAGCAGCUUGUCUAUCUGUUGGAGCAGAACUGGUCUCUAUAUCAGAUUCACAUGAACAAGAUUUUGUGGCUAGUUUAACAGCAGAUGUACGAGCUGAUAUGUGGAUCGGAUUUAACGACCUACAGCAUGAGUUGAUGUUUGAGUGGUCGAAUGAUGAAGAGGUCCUCUACACCAACUGGAAUCUGGGUCAACCCAGUAAUCCUGCAGGAACAGAAGAAGACUGUGUUACUUUUACUUAUAAGACUGGCGGCUGGCAAGAUGAAGUCUGUGAUACUAAAAAGAAAUAUAUUUGUGAAAUGGAAAAGAAACCGUCGGAUGUAAUACCAACAAAGCCAACUAUUCCAGGCUGUGGUAAGGAUUGGGAUAGUUACAGAUGGUCAUGUUAUUUGUAUGUACCACAACCAAGAAGCUGGUCAGAUGCAGCUAAAGUCUGUCAAUCUUAUUCUGGUACUUUGGUUCAGAUUAAUGAUUGGAACGAAGCAUCGUAUAUAAAUAGUCAGCUUGGAUCAAAGAAAGGUUUCUAUUGGAUGGAUGUCAACGAUAAUGAUAAGGGUGGUGUAUACAGAUUCUCAGAUGGUGGUGCUAAGAUUCCCUUAUCUCAUUGGGCACCACACAAACCUGAUCAGAAAGGACAUUGUGUUGCACUUGGUUCUGGUAAAACAGCUGGGUUAUGGUAUAAUAUGAACUGUUCCACACUAGCUCCAGCAGUCUGUGAAAAACAACGUGUUGGGUUUACUACCCCAAUGCCUAUUACAAAGAUGCCAUCUUUAAUACCUUGUCCUACUGGUUGGUUAGGUGAAGGAGAAUGGUGUUACCAGGUAAAUAACGUAUCCUGGCAUCUACAGAGAACAUGGGCUGACGCACAAGAUGAUUGUAUAGCUAAAGGAGCUAAAUUAGCCAGUUUUCACAAUAUAUCACACCUCCAGGAUUUAUAUACAUCUACUUUACAAUCCGGAGGUGACCAUUUUUGGAUCGGAUUGAAUGACCUAUCGGGAAAAGGAUAUACCUGGAGCGAUGGGACAGCUGUUGAUUUUACAAGCUGGGCAGACAAUGAACCCAAUGACUUUCAAGGAACAGCAGAAAAUUGUGUUGAGAUCAAAGUGGAAAACGGAAAAUUCAACGAUCAGGAUUGUUCUAAAAUAAGGAAUUGGAUUUGUGGAAUUAAAAAAGGUCAGCCACUUCAACCUGUUACAACCAUUUUACCUCCUACACCAGGACCAGCUAGUGAUUGUGCUGCUCUGUCAGUAGAUAACCAAACAAAAUGGUCAUCUUAUAAUGGUAACUGUUACCUAAUUGUUGAUGGUAGUGGUAUUUCAGCACAAACAUGGGGUAAAGCCAGGGAUAGCUGUAGAUCUAAUUAUCAUGCAGAACUGGCAUCAGUUACUUCUGAUGAAGAAAAUAGAUUUAUAUUUUCACAGAUAACUAAUGUCACCUCAUAUUCAUUGUGGAUUGGUUUAAAUGAAUUGGAUACAGGAAAAGGAUACAAGUGGUCAGAUGGAAGCCCACCUAAAUAUUUUAACUGGAAUUUAAAUGAACCAAAUGAUUACUUGGGAUUAGAAGCAUGUACUGACAUAUUCGUUAGAAAUGGUAAAUGGAAUGAUGAUCAUUGCGAUAUCAGACAAGGUUAUGUUUGCAAAAAGAACUUAAAGGCGAAAACGUUACCAACAAUACUACCUGUUAUGCCUGGUAACUGCCCAGUUGGAUUCUCUGCUUAUGGUAACAAGUGUUUCCAAGUUUUCGGUGGGAAACGUAAAUACAGCAAUUGGACAGCAGCUAGAGCAGCCUGCGAACAACUUGGUGAUGGCGAUUUAGCUUCUAUAUCAAACUAUAAAGAACAAGCUUUCCUUACAACUCUAUUUCUAAAUGUAUGGUGGUCUGUAUGGAUUGGUUUGUACCAAAGAAAUGGACAAUUUGCAUGGUAUGACAAUGAGGAAGCAGCAUAUUUUAACUGGGCUCAACAUGAACCCAGCCCAAAGAAAGGAGACACAAAUCCACAGUGUGGAAGUGUUCUUGUUGACCAUUCUAGAGUAGGACAAUGGCGGGAAAUGACAUGCACGUCUCUAAUGGGCUAUGUUUGUCAGGUGCCUAAACAGGCGACGCUACCAACACAACCACCAAUACAAACUGAUUGCGAUUCCAAGAAUGGUUUUAGACCAGUCGGCAGAAAUUGCGUUAAACUGGUCUCUAAUGCCAUGACAUGGAUGGAUGCCAGAACGUAUUGCCAGGGACUAGGAACUGAUUUGACCAGUAUAAACACGCCGUAUGAACAAGCUGGUCUCAUAGUAUUAGCAAAUGAGAACGGCAAUACAAAACCUAUCUGGACUGGGUUUAAUGAUCAGGCUCAUAAAGGCCAAUAUUACUGGUCUGAUGGAUGGCCAGUGGUUGAUUCUUUCUGGGGACCAAAUCAACCUAACUCGUCUGUGUCUACCGGAUGUGUUUCUUUUCAUGUUAAUGGUAGCUGGUUUGAUGAGAGUUGUAGCCAAAAAUAUUCCUUCUUCUGUAAGAAAACACUAGGAACCCCACCGGUUACACCUGCUCCAGGUACAGGACAAUGUCCAGGAGCUAGCUGGCAAGCUAUUGGCUCUGACUGUUACAGAUUUAAUGUAAAGCAGUUUAUGACGUUUGGCGAUGCAAUAUCGUACUGUAAUGACCAAGAUGGACAGCUUUUAUCUAUUCAUGAUAAUGUUACCAAUGAUUUUAUCUACAACACCGUCAAAGAAAACACGGGAUGGGCUAUUUGGGUUGGUCUGCAUAAAUCUCAAGAUUCUGGAUAUAAAUGGUUGGAUAAAAGUCCUGUUGACUUUUUUAAGUGGGAUAAAUCCGAACCGAAAUUAAAGGACACAGGAGGGGAACCUUUACAAUGUGUACAGAUGUUGUCUUAUAAACAGGGUAAAUGGAAUGCAAUUUCCUGUAAUAAAGGUGCAAUGGGCGUGGUCUGUAAGAGACCAAUGAGUUAUAAUACCAAUACAAAACCUCUUCCAAAUAUCGGUCCAAUAGUUACAUCCCGACCUUUAACGCCAUCACCCCCGUCAUCAAAUCCACAAACAUCUAUUCCACAAACUCCCAAGCCACAAACACCCAAGCCACUAACACCCAAACCACAAACCCCAUCAAAUCCAGUCACACCCAAACCUCAAACCGCCAAUCCCAUCACAUAUAAUCCCAAGACCGCUAACCCAAGAAUCACUUCUGGUCCGUUUAUAACCAAGGCGGCUGGAAGAACAAGUGGAUCACCGAACAAUACGCCAGCGCCUUUAAAACAAGGUUCUCCAGGUACUGUGCUAGGGGGUGGUGCUAUCGCGGGAAUAGCCGUGGCUGCGAUAGUUAUCGUUGUUCUCGUUAUAUUAGUUGUAGUAUUGUUCCUAAGAAAAAACGCUGGGAGACCACUGGGCUUCUCUAGAUCAUUUUCUAACGCUCUAUACGAAUCCAGUAGUGCUGCAGGAGGCGAGACCAAUGUUUUGAGAUAAUUUAUAACGUCUUAUAGUUUAUUAUGUAAAAAAGUUAUUUGAUAAUAAAAUGUUUUUAAACACCUACAUUUUUAAUGAUCGCUCAUCUCGUGUUCGAUAUCCGUGGAUCAAUUC